AUGCCAACUCUGCCCGAUUCGACAGUUACAUCCAAAAUAGAGCCGGACCAGAAAAAUAAUCGCAAACUGCGAAGUAGCACGAGAAUCGCACUCCAAGAUGUCACCAACCGAUCCCCAUUCGAUCGCCAGCCAUUGACUGGCGAAUCACGACCUACGUCUGGUAUAAAGCCAAGAAGUCGGAAGAGAACAUUCGCGGAUAUUAAUGGAACAGAGGAAUUCGAACCAUGCGACGAAGAAAAUAUCACAAUCGAUGAGAGUGCUGGCAAGGUUAUUAAAGCAAUCAAACGAGGCACCAAAACCAUCGGAUCUCGAGUUACUCGUCCUGUCGAUUCGGAGAUUCUCGAUAAUGCUUUCAUGUGGAUUAAUGACGACGGAGAAGAAAUUAUCCAGCGACAUAGAGGGGGCUCUGACUAUCAAGGAUUGAUGGCCCGAACUCUGCCAGAUGUUGUGGUCGAGAAACAUAUAAAAGCCCCAAAGCGAUUCGCUGCACUUGACGACAAUGACGAGGACCCAUUUGCGUUUGUCUAUUCGCAUGAGAAGCUCGUUGUCCAUCCAGAGCGUCUCGAGUUCAAGGCUCAAGUUCUUGCAGCCCAUACACAACGAGGCAAUCGGACAUUAUGGGAUCUUGGAGUAACAAUAAAAGGCGUUAGGCGGACAUUGUUUCGCAUUCAGAGGGAAUUAUUCAGCCGCCACGAGAUUACCCUUAUCCUUUCCAAGAUGAUGGAUGCAGUAGUGAGGUGGCCGACGCUUAAUGAGCUAUUCGGGAAUCCGAACCGAAACACCACCCUGGCCACAAUCCUCUUUUCCACUGCUCAACAGAGUGUCCUACCAGAGAAGCCUAUGUUAUGUGGUGGAUAUACUAUUGGGAAGCAAGUGUUCUUGAGUAUUCUCAUAAGACUUCCCUUCAUCGACCGAGAUACUCUUAAAGUAGCUACUACCGAAGUCACUAUUACACCUAAAGCUAUCAAGGAAGAAUGCGAUGAAGUUGAGAGUACACUCUUCACAUUCAACCAAGGUAUUACAUGGGAUGGACCUAAUGAGAAUGGAGAAUUCCCCUUUAUCCUGAAGCGUGGUGUAUCUGAGGCGGAUGAUGCCUCAAGAGAAGGAUUUGACCGCGCCCAACGACUUGCGCGACUUUGCCGGGGCACAUGGGCACGGAAAUCACCUUUAUCUACUAAAGCACAAUUGAAUGCUUGGUACAGAGGCUUUAUCGACCAAUACCAUGAAGAAUUACGGGUAUACGAUGGCAGUUGCCUUAUUCUCACUAAUGCACAGAUCCUUUUAACCCAGCUUCACCCUUCACCAAAAAUAUGCGAGCAUAUAUCAGGACAAUCCCUACCAUUCGUUCAAAUCUACUCUAUGGAUCGUUCCUGGGUGGAUCUUGUCAUGGACAAAGCAAUAUCGACGUGGAUGCAAACUAGCGAUCUUAUCAAGACGUAG